AUGUGCGAGAGGCGGCGCAGCUCGCGCGACAGCUCGAAGGCCGUGAGCAGAGGGUCGCGCGACGACAGCGCGAUGAGCGACGGCGCCGUGAGCGCGCGGUACGCGUUGAUGCGCGCCUGCGAGUGGCGCAGCGAGUCCGCGUCGCUCGACGCCACGCACUCGUCGCACCCGCACCUGCCGCGCGCAACACACGCUCGGUUGGCACGAGAUAAAUGCCAGUUUUAUACUACAUGGCAACUGCGCUUAUAUCCGGUGUAGCGCGUAUUCGCGGAAGCCUCUACCUGACGUCGUGCGGCACGGGCAGCGAGGCGCCGCGGUCCAGCAGGAUCUUGAGGAUCUCGUAGUUGUUCAUGUGCGCCGCUAGGAUGAGCGGCGUGAUGUCGGGCGUGAAGGUGGAGGUGGCACGGUCAACCGCCUCCCAGCUCUGGAACACACACAAAAACGAGCGUCGGUGUGUAAUUUCAAGGGGGAGAAAUACGCACCACAUUAUUUUCCUCAAUUAGAAGAAAAAUGUUUGUAUUAUUGCUUAAUAACGCUUCGUUACUGUACAG